GCGCAGCCCACCGAGCUCCGGCCCCCUCCCCCCUUUCUCUCUCUGGCCCGGGCCUAUGCGGCCCCCCAGAGACCAUGGGAUCCAGGAUCAAACAAAAUCCGGACACUACCUUUGAAGUGUAUGCCGAAGUAACCUAUUCAGGAAUCAGUUGCAUUGGGAAAGAUCCUGAGGUGCGGAGGCAAUUCCCAGAGGACUACAGUGACCAGGAAGUUCUACAGACUUUGACCAAGUUUUGUUUCCCCUUCUAUGUGGACAGCCAUGCAGUUAACCAAGUCGGGCAGAACUUUACGUUUGUGCUUACAGACAUUGACAGCAAACAGAGGUUUGGAUUCUGUCGCUUAUCUUCUGGGGCCAAGAGCUGCUUCUGUAUCUUAAGUUACCUCCCAUGGUUUGAAGUCUUUUAUAAGCUGCUCAAUAUCUUGGCAGAUUAUUCAGCAAAAGGACAGGACAGCCAAAGGAGUGAGCUCCUAGAAACAUUUCACAAGCUUACCAUCCCUGAGCCAGGAACCUCUGUCCAUCUUGGAGUGCACUCUUACUUUACUGUGCCUGACAUCAGAGAGCUUCCCAGUAUUCCUGAAAAUAGAAAUCUGACAGAGUAUUUUGUAGCAGUUGAUGUCAACAACAUGCUGCAUCUCUAUGCCAGUAUGCUGUACGAACGCCGCAUCCUCAUUUGUUGUAGUAAGCUGAGCACUUUAACUGCCUGCAUUCAUGGGUCUGCAGCUAUGCUCUACCCGAUGUUCUGGCAGCAUGUUUACAUUCCAGUUCUGCCCCCACAUCUAUUGGACUACUGUUGUGCCCCAAUGCCCUACCUCAUUGGAAUACAUUUAAGUUUGAUGGAGAAAGUAAGAAACAUGGCCCUGGAAGAUGUGGUGAUUCUUAACGUAGACACCAACACACUGGAAACCCCUUUUGAUGACCUUCAGAGCCUUCCUAAUGAUGUGGUUUCUGCACUGAAGAACAGAUUGAAGAAAGUCUCUACAACCACUGGAGAUGGUGUUGCAAGAGCGUUUCUAAAAGCACAAGCAUCUUUCUUUGGGAGCUACAGAAACGCCCUGAAAAUUGAACCUGGUGAACCCAUCACUUUUUGUGAAGAAACAUUUGUGUCCCAUCGUUCUGCUGUCAUGAGGCAAUUUCUUCAGAAUGCCAUUCAGCUCCAGCUCUUUAAGCAGUUCAUUGAUGGCCGUCUGGAUCUUCUUAACUCCGGAGAGGGCUUCAGUGAUGUUUUUGAAGAAGAGAUAAAUAUGGGAGAAUAUGCAGGUAGUGACAAACUGUACCACCAGUGGCUCUCUACAGUAAGGAAAGGAAGUGGAGCCAUUUUAAAUACAGUAAAGACCAAGGCUAACCCUGCCAUGAAGACUGUCUAUAAGUUUGCAAAAGAUCAUGCAAAAAUGGGAAUAAAAGAAGUGAAAAACCGCUUGAAGCAAAAGGACAUCGCCGAGAAUGGGUGCUCUGCAGCACCGGAGGAAUCGCUACCAAGGACAGCGCCUUCUCCAUUGGUUGACAAGAAGGACCCUAAAUUAAGAGAAGACAGAAGGCCAAUCACAGUACAUUUUGGUCAGCAGCAAAGACUCCGUCCGCCUCGGCCACCGCCUCCAAAGAUACAGCGUGCAUCUAGGCCCGUUCGCCCUCCAAGGCCUCAUGUUGUUAAGAGACCCAAGAGCAAUAUUGCCGUGGAAGGACGAAGGACUUCAGUUUCUAGUCCAGAACAGCCUCAGCCAUACAGGGCCCUGAAAGAAUCUGAUAGUGCUGAUGGGGAAGAGGCAGUCAGUCCAGAAAAAUCGAAAGAACCUCUGCCUCCAAGCCCUCUGGUCUCAAGCAAGGCCACAGAAAUCAACCUUCUUGAAGACAUUUUCCCCAAAUUAGAAGUAGAAACACAGCCUCAGCCUCUCAGCCAAGCUAAGAGCCUAGAAGACCUGCGGACUCCCAAAGAAGAGGGAGAUCAGCGAUGCACAUUUGAUUACCAGAGAAUGGAUCUUGGUGUGUCUGAGAGGAACAGGAUUGUGCCAGCCAUGAAGCUGUCGCACCCUUACAACAAGCUGUGGAGUAUGGGUCACGAUGAUAUGGCUAUUCCCACCAAGUAUUCCCAAAGCUCACCGGAAAGGCCCUUGACUGCACUUGGUAACAUGCCACCGAUCACAAGGAGACCCUGGAGCAGAGACAGCAUUCUGGCUCCUGCAGAAAAGGAUGAAUCAAAUCCUGCCAUUCAAGGGAACAUCACCAUUCCUAGGCCACAGGGAAGAAAGACUCCUGAACUGGGGAUAGUGCCACCACCACCAGCACCCAGGGCUUCCAAGCAUCAGACUCCAGCUGGACGGACAGAAAAUCUCGCCACCCACGCUACAGGACGUAGCCAUUUGGUUUCAGAUCUUAUCCCAGAGCCCUUUGGAGUUGGUAGUGUGUCCUUAGACCCUGAAAUCCAGCAGUCUGUAAGUUAUUCCUCUCAUCCGUCUCAGCUUUUGUCCAGUGCUACCAGCAGUGCUGAGAUGCUCCAACCUGUCAAGGUGAAGACAGAUAAUACAGGUAAUGAAAGCGACUACCUUCUUAAUCUCCUGGAUCCAUUAAAAACAGCCAGCUGGCAAAGCAGUGGCCCACAGCAAGGUCCCCGCAGCCUGCAAAGCUCGGCCACUCCACCUUCUGCAGCUAGCUUUGUCUCAGUGACAAGUGACUUUGUGCCUCCUCCAGCUGCACCAUUUGUCCAGCCCCUUGGUUAUCCUUCCCCAGCACCACCACCUUUUUUACAGCCGUCUCCUAAUCCAUUUACGCAAACAAUGCCAGGAGCCAUUUCAGUGUCUCUAGUUAGACCCCCAAGGGGCUCGUUCACCCCCUCUUUAGGUCACGCUUAUAGCUCUAGCUUCAUAACACCUAACUCUAGCUUCUACCCACCACAAAGGCCUCAACCAAACAUUUCAACACUAUCCAUGCCAAACUUGUUUAGCCAGGCCCCAGCUGUGCCGCCAGCUCGCUCCUUACUGCUGCGGAGCCACAGCCCUUCUCCAACAAGCUCCCUACAGCCAGCGAGUUUAAGUGGUCCUUCUAAAACCAGAACGUUACAGGUGGGCCAGUCCAGCUCAAAGGUAGAUCCCAAACAAGCGCUAGCUCUCCUGUCUAAUGAACCCCCUUUGAUCCCUUCCAGGCCAGCUAAGGGCUUAGAGUCAGUGUUGCUAUCCUCAAAACCUGAGGAGACAAAAGAUCCAUUUGAAGAUUUGUUAAAAAAGACAAAGCAGGACGUGUCAUCCACACCAGGUAAGGUUGAACAGCUCAGAAAGCAAUGGGAAACCUUUGAGUAACGCUCCUGAGGGCCUUUUGAUGCCCCUUUGGAAUUGACUGAGGGGUUUUUUUGGUUUUUUUUGAGCCAGCAUAAACCCAAGCAUUUCUUUUAUGGAAGGCUGAGCCAGGAUAGCUGCAGGACCAUCACCCUGCUGCAAUUCACACACGAGUGCUUUUUGCCCAGAGGUCAGAAUCCCCCCGUUGCCCUGGCCCCUGCAACUGCUUCCUCGCUCUCCACCACUGAAACCCCCCGUGACUCUUGCACUGACCAAAGCACGAGGGUGGCUGGGGUUGGGGUUGGUUUGGUUUUCCACACAUAGCUUUUCAGACAACACUACUGAUGCCGAAGUUACUCCUUCCCUUGUAGUUUCAGCCCUGAGCACAGCCGGGAGCAUGACGGCGCACUGCCCCAGUGUUUUCUGCCUGCUGGUGUGAAUGGUCUCCAGUUUUUCUUGCGUUACACAUGCAGCUAUCACGUUUUGCUUCCACAUGUAAAGUGCAGCAAACCCAGAUUUGUGGGCUGCGCUGAAUUAAUCCAUUAGGCUCUGAGUUUGUCCUGUCUUGAAAUACAGACAUUCAUUUAGGUUACGCUAUUGGAUGAGCUUUUGUUGCAGAUUUGUUUUUAAUUCCCUCCCCGGUACACUGACACUGAGAGGUAACAGGGACUCUGGUGCAGAGUGGUCACAACUCCUUGUUGCCACAAAACCACAGCACAGAGCAGUUGCUCAGGGUUUGGUCCUGCAUCUCUGUUGGGAAACUGGAAACACCAGCAAUUGAUUUUCUUUUUUGGGGGGGGGUUGUUUAUUUGUUUUUAUUAAAUACAUCAGAAAAUAGAGGCCACAGAGAAUAUCCUAGUUCUUAUAUAUGUGUAUGUUAAUAUUAUAUAUAAAUAUUAUA